AUGAAUAUAAUAGAAUCAAACAAAAACGAUGAGAAAGAAAAAAACACGGAAGGAAAUGAAGAAACAGAUAAUUCGAAUUUGAAGAGAAAAAAUGAGGGUUUUUUAAUUAGAAGUUUUAAAAGGAUAAAACAUAAAAUUAAAGGAGAUGACGAUAAUAAUGAUGACGAUAAUAACGAUAACGAUAAUAACGAUGACGAAAAUUAUGAUAAUGAUGAUGAAUAUGAAAAUAAAGAUAUAGUUAUUGAUGACGAUAAUAUUGAAAAAAACGAAAAGGUUAAUAAAAAUGAUGAUAAUAAAAAUGAUGAUGAUAAAAAUGAUGAUGAUAAAAAUGAGGAACCAUUAAAGUUAAAUGGUCAAUCCUAUAUAGAUGAAUCAUUAAAAAAUGAUAUGAACGAAAAUUAUAAUUAUAAGUACAAUAAGAAAAGUAAAAAAGUAAUAUCAGAAGAUUAUGAAAAUGAAGAUGUUGAUGAAAAGAAAAAGGAAGAAAGAAAAACUGAGGAUAUUCAUAUGAAUAAAAAAAUUGUUACAAAAAAAUCAUCCAAAUAUGAAUUGAAAAAUAUUCAUAAAAAUGUCAGUAAAGAAAGAACGGAUUAUAUUAAAGAAAAGGAAGAUAAUAUUAACAAACGAAGUGAUAGAGAAAAAAAAUAUAUUAGAAAAAAUGUAAAAGAAAAAAGAAUACAAUAUAAGAAAGGUAAAAAAGAUAGACGAGAUUUUGAAGAAGAUGAUGAUGACGAUGAUGAAGAUGAUGAAGAAGAAGAUGAUGAUGAGAAUAAUGAUGAAAUGAAAGGAUUUAUCGUAGAUAGUGAUGAAGAAGAUGAAGAAGAAGAUUAUAGUGAUGAUGAUAGUAGUGAUGAUGAUAGUAGUGAUGAUGAUAGCAGUGAUGAUGACAGUAGUGAUGAUGACAGUAGUGAUGAUGAUAGUGAUGAUGAUAGUAACGAUGAUGCUGAUCAUGAUAGUAAAAAAUAUAGUGAAGAUGAUGAUAUAAUUAAAGAAAAAAAGAAAAAAAAAAAAAUGAAGAAAAAGAAGAAGAAAAAAAAGAAAAAGAAAAAAUAUGAUUAUUUUGAAAAUAAAAGUUUAGAUGAUGAAGAUCUAGAACUUAUUGCAGAAAAUACAGGUAUACAAGUAAUACGAAAUGAAAAAGAUACUAAACAUAGAAGAUUAAAAAAAAUUAAAGAUAGUAAUGAUGAAGAUGAUUCUUAUGAUCAUUCUUCAAUAAAUGAAAAUAAAAAUAAUGAAUUAAAAGAUAAAGAUGAUUUUAUAGAUGACAGUGAAAUCUCUUUAAGAAAAAAAAAAGGAGAUUCAAAUAAUAAUUUAUUUAAUUAUGCAGAUAAUUUAUCUGAUACAAGAGAAAAUGAAAAACAUGCAUUACAAGAAGGUGAUGAAGAUUUAGAAGAAGAAGAAGAAGAAGGAUUUGGUGUAACAUCUGAUAAUAUUUAUAAAAAUGAUUCAUAUAUACAUAAUGUUAUUACUCAAACAUUUGGUGAUAUUAAUGCUGUCUUAGAUAUUAUUAAUGCUUCUCCAUCAAAAAAAAAGAAAAAAUAUGAUUAUGAAGAUGAUGAAAUAGAAAGUGAUUAUGAUGACGAAGAGGAUCAAGACUCUAAAGAUAUUAUAGUCGAUGAUGAAUAUCCUAGUAGAAAAAAACGAAAGAAUAAAAAAAAAAUGGUUAGCUUUUUUGAUGACAUUAAUGAAAGUAUGAAAAGGAUUGGAAUGGAUGAUGAUGAUUCCGAUUAUGAAAUGGAUGAAAAUGAAAAAUAUGAUGAUCAAGAUGGUCUGGAAGAAAUUGAAGAAGAUUAUGAUGAAUAUGCUGAAGAUGCUUAUGGAGAGGAAGAUGAUGAAGAAGAUGAUGAAGAUGCUGAUGAUGAAGAAGAUGACGAAGAAGAUGACGAAGAAGAAGAAGAAGAUGAUGAUGAUGAUAAUGACAUAUACGAACAAGAGUAUAACAAAAUUUACAAUCACGAAUAUGACGAUUUUGAUGAAGAUGAACAUGCAAGUACAAACGAUUUGGGAGAAUUUUAUAAGGAACAUGAAGAAGCAAAAGAAGAUAUAGAUAUUGAUCACACAGAUAAAGGUGUAUUAAAAGUAGAUCAAGAUAGUACACAAAAAGAACAUAAUAUUAAUGUGGAAGAAAACCAUGAAGAGGAUAAAAAUAAUAUCUUAAGUAUCGAAGAUGAAUCACAACUUGUAAAAGAAAGUAAAGAAAAGAAAGAUCUUUUUCAUGAUGAUGAUGAUGAUAAUGAAAAUAAAAUUGAAAAAAAAGAAAAGCCAAAAAAAAAAAAAAGCAAAAAAAAGAAAAAACGAUUAGAUUUAAUAGUAUCAGAUAACUGGAAAAAAAUUGCAGAACCAGAUGAAGCUUUAAAUCAAUUAUUAACAAAAAAAGAUGACUUAAUUAGAAAUACGGAUAUGCCUGAAAGAUUUUUUAAUAUAUAUAAAAAAAGACAAAAGAAAUUAAAUAAAAAAAUGUUACUUAUAGAAUCUAAAUGGAUAUUACAUAAAUUGAAAGAAAAAUAUCCAACAUAUUUUACAUAUAAAAAUUUUGAAAAAAUUAUUGAAGAAACGUAUAAUAAAACAUAUGAUAUAAAUGUAAAUGAUUUCUUGAAUGAUUCAUUUUUAUUAAAAAAAUGUAUAUUAACAUUACAUAUGCUUAUAAAGUAUAAUAAUGAAAUACCAUAUAUAGUAUUUCAUAAAUCAUAUUUAAUAUUUCCACCUUUUAAUAUAAAUAUGUUAUGGGAUAUAUAUGAGCUUGAUCAAAGUUGGUAUAAAACAUUUAUUAAAAUAAGGAAGCUUAGGUGUAGAUUAAAGCGUUUAAGUAAAGCUAAUAAUAUCCAUAUGGAUAUUUUCGACAUUCUUAAUAAAUAUAAUGAAAUGUAUUACGAGGAUGUCAAUAUAUAUUAUUAUUAUUUGAAAAACAAUUUGUUAAAUACAUAUAAUAAUAAUAAUAAUAAUAAUAAUAGUAAUAGUAAUAGUAAUAGUAGUAGUAAUAAUAAUAAUAAUAAUCAAAAUAUAUUAUCCUUAACCAAUAAUGACAAUGAUAAAGAUAUAUUUGGUGAAGAUAUAAAUAAUGAUAAGGAAAGUAAGGAAAAUAAUAUUUAUAUGAAGGAUGAUUUAUUUGGUGAAGAUAUAUUAGCAGAUGAGAAAAAGAAAGAAAAUAAUAUGAACGUUGAAUUUGAAAAUAAUAUAUUAAAUAUGAAUAAACUGAAAAUAGAAAAUGAUGAAAAAGAAGACAAUAAAAAUAAUUUAUAUAAUAAAUUUAAUGAGAGAAAUAUUCCAGGUUUACAAUUUUUAGAAUAUGUAAAAAAAAAUCGAUUUAAUAUAUGGGAUGAAUAUUUAUUAACUACUGAAGAAUUUUAUGAAAAUAUUUGUUAUUUAUAUGAUUUAAUAAGAAAUGAGAAGAUAUAUCCAUCAGAACUUAACUAUGAUGAUCAUGAAAAGAAUAAAUAUAAUCAUAAUAAAGAUGAUUCUGAUAAUGAUGAUUAUUUUAAUAAAGGAGAUAAAAAAAAGAUAAAUAAAAAAGAAAAUUUAAAGAUCUUUAAAUAUAAUUGUUCAAAAAUAAAAAAUAUUGUAUCUAAUGUACCAGAAAUAUAUAUAAACGAUUUAAAUGUAGAAAGUCAGAUUGAAGAUUGGUGUAAAUCUUUUUUUUCUAGAGAAAUAUCAAAUAAUAAAGAAAUAUUUAAAACAUUAAUUUGUUAUUAUUCUAAAUUAUUAGCAUCUCAUCCAUGUAUAAAAUAUAUUUUUAGAUUCUUUUUUUUGAAAUAUGCAUCUAUAACUACUGUGAGUACCAAUUUAGGAGAAAUGAAUGUUGAUAUAUGUAAUAAUGAUUAUUUUGUAUAUCGACUUUAUCGUUUACCUAUAUAUUAUUUAUUAACGAAUGAACACAGGAAUCAAUUUCUGUUAGAACGAAAUGAAGAUAAAUAUAAUAAUAGACGUGACACUAAAAAUUCAUAUCAUCAUAGUAAUUAUUCACAUAAUUACACAAAUGAUAAUGAUAAUAAUAAUAAUAAUAAUAAUUGUCCCAUAAAUAAUGAUGUAUUACCCUCCUUCCAAGUUAGCCAUGAUCCAUGUUAUAUACACAAUUAUAAUUUAAAUUUUUUUAACACACAAUUAGAUGAAAGUAAUAUUCAUAUAGAUGUUAAAAAAAGAGAACUCGAAAGUUAUUAUCAUAUGCAUAAAUAUAAACACAUUUAUUUAGAGAUAUUAAAAAAUAAAGAAAAUAAAUUAAUUGAUAUUAUUCUUCAUCCAAUCUUACCUCAUGAAACUGUACCUUGGAAAAGUGAAGAAUAUAAUGAAAGAGAGAAAAUCAAAAAAAAAAAAAAAAAAAAUGAAAGAGAUAUUAAAAAUUCAUUUGAAAAGGAAAAGAAUAAACUAAUUAAAGCAGAACAAUUAGAUAGUGAAUGGAUAAAUAAUAUUCUUAGACAAUUAUCUUAUGCAUAUUGUUAUAAUGAUAUGGAAAAUAAUAAUAUUUUUGUAUAUAUACAAAAGAAAAUAUUAAAUAAUUUCUUAUGUGUAGAACUUUUACCUUUAUUUAAAAAAAAUCUAGAAAAUCUAUUGUUAUCUAGUGCUCAGAAUUGGUUAAUGGUAUAUAUACAUCAAUCUUUUUAUUUAACACUUAAUGUAAAACCUAUAAAAAUAUUCAAAAACGAUAUUAUUCGGGAUAACCUAGAGAAAAUUAAAAAAAAAGGAAAAAAAAAAAGUAUUAAAAAUAAAGAUAAUAAUAAUAAUGAUGACGAUGAUGAUAAUAGUGGUGAUAAUAAUGAUGAUAAUAAUGAUGAUAAUAAUGAUGAUAAUUACGAUGAUGAUGAUACUAGUUAUGAUGAUAAUAAUUACGGUGAUGAUGAAGAAUAUUCAUCUGAAAGUAAAAGUAGAGCAUCCUCAACUUCGAAAUAUGAAGAAGGUAUGUUGAAAAUGGAUUACAAUCAUAAGAAGGAUAAAAAAAAAUAUUAUAGUGACGAUUCUUAUCAUAGCGAAAUGUCAGAUUAUUAUAAAAAAGAAGAUAUGGAUGAUAAACAUAAUGAAAAGAAGAAAAAAAAGGAUAAAAAUAAAAUUAAAGAUAAAAACAAAAACAACAACAACAACAACAACAACAACAACAACAACAACAAUAAUGAGAACAGUGAUGAAGAUAAUAGCCAUAACAAUAGUAACAAGGACCAUAAUAACAAGGACAAUAUUAACAAUGAUAUUAUGAACAAUGACAAAAAAAAAAAAGAUGAUAUUGAUAAUGAUGAAGAAAAAGAAGAAAAAAAAAAUCAAAGUGAUGAUAAAAACAAUGUAAAAUAUUCAAAUAAAACAGAUUUAUUCCAUUCAACAUAUUCAUCUGAUGAAUAUAAUUCAGAAGUACAAAAUGAUAGAAAAAAUGAAUCAAAAAAUAAAAAAAAAAAAAGUAAUCAUAUGUACAACGAAGAAAGUGAAAAAUAUAAGAAAAAUAUUAAUUAUGAUAAUUAUUCAGAUAAAUCUGGAAAAAGCUACGUAUCUAACAAAAAUGAUGAAGAUAAAAAAAAACAAUCCUUAUUAAAAAUUAUGAAGAAAAAUCAUAAUGUAUUUGAUGUUAUAUCCAUUGUAUGUGAAUACGUUCAAUAUAAUGUUAGGGUACAUCUUAUGGCAUGUGAUAUUUAUGGUGAUAUAUUAAAAUAUAUUUAUUUAGAUAAUAUUUAUAUAGAUAUAAUAAAAAAAGAAAAAAUUCCUGUGGAAAAAGAAAGAAUUGCUCAUGAUUUGAAAAUAUUGAAAACAUUUAUUAAAAGAAUCAAACCGGAUGUUAUAGUUGUAGGUAUUAGAGACAUACCAUCUUAUCUAGUAUAUUCCUAUAUUGUAAAUAUGUUUAAUAAGAACAAUAUGGAUAAGAGUAAUAUGAAGGAGGAAAAUGAUGAUAUAUAUCAUAAGGAUAAACAUGGUCAUAAAUAUGAUGAUCACAAAUAUGAUGAUCACAAAUAUGAAGAUCAUAAAUAUGAACGUAAUGAAGAAAAUCUAAUUAAUCCUACUAACAACAAGUAUCAUAUAAUCCCUGAAAGUUUAUAUAUUCCUAAUUUACUUACAAAUAGUUUAAAAUAUAGUAAAGAAUUAGUUGAUAAAUAUACAAGAGAAGCUCUGAUGUGUUUAUCUCUGUGUCAUUAUGUACAAAAUCCAUUAGGUGUUGUAAUAUCAUUAUUUGAUGAAGAUACUAAAAGUAUGUUGAUUAAAGUAUGCUUACAUGAUUUACAAAAUUAUAUUUGUAACUAUAAAUUACAAUAUUUAUUCGAACGGGUUAUGAUUGAUGUAGUAAAUAAAAUCGGGUGUGAUAUAAACUUUUUAAGAAAACAAAAAAAGAAGCAUCUUGAAAAUUCAUUAAAUUAUAUAUGUGGUUUAGGUUUAAGAAAGAGAGAAGAAUUAAUGAAAUUAUUGCAUAAUACAAAUUUAAAUACUAGAGAAGAUCUUUUAACCUUGUCAAAUAAUAAAAAAUUUAUUGGUAAGUGUGUAUAUAGAAAUUGUUCUUCUUUUAUUAGAAUUAUAAGUAAUGGCGAUGACUUUGUUGAAGCUCUGGAUAAUACAAGAAUUCAUCCGUCCAAUUGUUAUGACAUUAUUUACGACAUGUUAAAAAAUACGGUAGAGAAAAAAAACAGUUUUAUGAAAAAUAAGGAUCUGUAUGAAUUAGUAAAUUAUUUAAUAGAUAAAAAGAGAUUGAUAAAACAUAUAGAAAUAAAGGACUAUGCAAGGAAAUAUUACAACAGCGCAAAUAAUAAUAAUAAUAAUAAUAAUAAUAAUAAUAAUGAUAAUAAUAAUAAUAAUAAUGAUGAUAAUAAUAAUGAUGAUGAUAAUAAUAAUGAUGAUGAUAAUAAUAAUAAUAAUGACAAUAAUAAUAAUGGAAAUGGUGAUCAUAAUAACAAUAGUAAUAAUAAUAAGGGAGGAGAUGGUGGUGAUAAUAAUAAUAAAAUUAUAAAUAAUAAUUAUACCAAAAAAAACAAUUAUAAUAAGAAGAAAAAUAUUUAUUUGUAUCCAUACUUAAAAUUUAUAAAAAAUGAACUACUAGAACCAUAUAAAGAUUAUCGUUAUAUAUAUGAUAAAAAAAAAGAAGAAGAAUUAUUUUAUCUUAUUAUUAAUGAAAAAAAAGAAAACUUAGUUGUAGGUUCAGAGGUUGCAUGCAAAAUUAAUUAUAUAAAUAAAAAUAAUAGCUAUAUUGGUAUUUCUAUAUUACCAUAUAAUAUUAGAGGUUUUAUAAGUGAUUCGAAGGAAUUUUUAAGACAAUUAAGAAAUUACUAUAAUGAGAGAAUGAAUUAUAUAAACUCUAAUAUGGAAAUAUUAAAUUCAUUUAAUAAUAAGAAUAAUUUUAUGAACCAUAAUAAUAAUUUAAAAGAUGCACAAUAUAUUAAUAAAUCUGUUAUAGGAGAAGUUAUAAAGGGUAGGAUAUCAGCUAUUAAUUACAAUUUAAAUAAUAAGUUUGAAACAAACUUUUAUGUAGUAGUAACAGACGAAAAUAUUCGGAAAAUAAAAAAACAAGUAUUCUUACAAAAUAUGAGUUAUCCAUUUAGUUAUGAAAAUUUAUCACCACUUAUUGAAUUAGAUAUUAAUUAUGAUAAUAAUAAUUUUAUACAGACACAUUUUAAAAAAUUAAAUGAUAAUGAAGAUUUUGAUGAUUUUGUUGAAGAUGAAAAGAAUUUAUUUAUUAAAAAUAAAAAUAAAUAUUAUCAAAAUAAACAAUUUAUAAAUCAUCCAAAUUUUAAAUUAUGGAAUUAUCAAGAAGUAUAUACAUAUUUAAAACAAAAUAAUAUAUCUAUAGGUGAAUCAAUUAUAUAUCCUUCAAAUGAAAUUAAUAAAUUAUAUGUAAUUAUUAAAACAUGUGACAAUCCUUUUUAUAUUGUUAAAUUUACUAUAUAUGAAAAAAAUGUACAACAACAUAAUAAUAUUACUAAUAGAAAUAUACAUCAACCAAUUCAACAAAUAUAUUUAAUUAAUAACGAACAAUUUAAAUCAAUAGAUCAAAUAGUUACAAAUUUUUGUGAUAACUUAAAAAAAAAUUUGUUAGAAUUAUAUAAUCAUCCUAAAUGUAAAAAAAGAAAAUCAUUUGAACAAGUUCAAAAAGAAUUAAGUCAAGAAAUGAUUCUCAAACCAGAUAAUAUUAUGUGGUCUAUUAUACCACCAAUCAUGCCAGAAAUCAAAAAUAAUAAUAAUAAAGGAGAUAAAAAUGCUAUACAAGAUUUUAAUCCUUUAAGAUUUACAUUAAUGGUCAUACCACCAAUUAAUCAUCAACAACAUCUAUAUUCAAAUAUACAUUCUACUUAUGAACCCAAAGAUUUUAUAGUACUUCAUGAUUCUAUAUAUGUUGAUCAUAAAUCCUUUAAACUCUGGACCAGAACCGAAAAAAAUUUUAAAUACCUUAUCACCUGGUGGAAAGAAAAAGGAUAUUGGAAUCGUCAAAAUGAAAGAUUAGAAUAUAUGAAUGAAAAAAAAAAAAAAAUGGAAGAAUAUAAUAAAAAAAUUAAAUCAAUUAAAAAUUGA